AAUAUUUAGUUAAUUUUGAAAGUCGAAUUUAAAUCAAAUAUCUAUUUUAUUGAUUUAUUUAAGAGGUAAUCUUCCAACACCAGAACAAAUUUUACAUCCGAGUGAUUUUAUUGAAUUAAAAAAAUGCAUUUAUGCUUCACAACGAUCAUCAUUACCACCGAUUUGUACACAUAAUGUCAAUGAUGAUGUCCAUGAUCCUAUAUUAAAUGCAUUACGUCGUUGUCAAUUAUUUAAUGCACGUUAUGAUCGAGUUAAAGUUAUAUUUCAUCCGGAAUUUUUACGUUCAACAAGUCCACUAUUACCACUUGAUUAUGAAGAAUUUGUACGUGGUUGUCAUUUGGGUGUAUUUCCAUCGUAUUAUGAACCAUGGGGUUAUACACCAGCUGAAUGUACUGUUAUGGGUGUACCAAAUAUUUCAACAAAUUUAAGUGGAUUUGGAUGUUUUAUGGAAGAACAUGUAAAUGAACCACAAACAUAUGGUAUUUAUGUUGUUGAUAGGCGAUAUAAAAGUGGUGAAGAAUCAUGUCACCAACUUGCACAAUAUAUGUUUGAUUUUUCACAAUUAACACGACGACAACGUAUUAUUUUACGUAAUCGUACUGAACGUUUAAGUGAAUUAUUAGAUUGGAAUACAUUAGGAAUUGUAAGUAGACAAUUUUUUUUCUCAUAUUUAUCAUCUUGUAUUUCGAUAAUAAAAGUUAAAUAUGAAUAGUUCUUGAAAUUCUCAUAUAAUUAUUAUGAAUGGAAUUUAUAUUAUAGAAAUUGAAAUAGAUUCUCUGUAGUCCUGUACCUUCAGAAUAUAAGAAUUAUAAGCAAUAGAAAAUAUUGGUUAUUAUGUGAGAAAAAAAGAUUCAUGUUUUUUUUGUUUUCAAAAAUAUUUUUGAUUGUAAGCAGAGUUUCGAAUAGACCAAGUUUGUAGCCUGCUUCUAUUUAAGGAUUACAAGAAUUUUUCUAAGGCUUCCGGUUUCAGCAAUUUGAUCAUAGAAGACUAUAAAAGAGCUGCAUACAGGAGUUAUUUGUCAUGCUAAGUCGAAUACUGAUGUUUGUUUUCAGUUUUGAAAGCGAUCUGAACUCACUAUAUGAAGAUUUUCCAAACUUUGAUUUUUAUGCUGUGUAGAGAAAAUUUUUGAAUUUCAAAAAUACUAAAAUAGCGGUCUCAUGUCAUUUUGAGACAAAAAAUAAAUAUCAGUGUUCGACUCAAGGUGAUGAAUAAUCCCUGUCUGGAUCUCUUUUGGAGUCUUCCAAGGUCAAAUUGUUCAAAUCAGGAACCUCAGAAAAACUCUUGUAAUUCUAAUCAUCUGCCUUAUGUUUUGGCGCUGAUAGUAGUUUAUUUCAUAUGUAGUAAAGUUAUUGAACACAAUUCAUUUUAUCUUGAUCAGUUUAAAUGAAUAUUUCAGUGAUUUCUACUCAUAAGAAAAAGAACUGAUUAU